GGCGGCGGCUCGGCGAGGGGAAGGGCGAGAGCGGCAGCCGGAGCGGGGGGGACCACGGGGCUCCGUCGCUCCCGCCGCCGCCAUGGCGGGCGCGGCCCCGGCCCACGAGCAAGACCAGGAGCAGGAGUCUUCGGCCGCGGCGGGCGAGCGGCCGCACCUCUCGGCGGCGGCGCUGGCGAAGAUCGAGCGGAACCGGCAGCGGGCGCUGGCACUGCGGCAGGCGCGGCUGGCGGCCCGGCCCUACCCUGCCGCAGGCGGCGGCGCGCGGGCGCGGGCCCUCCCCAAGGUCGUGGACACGGGAGGGGGAUUCUUCCUGGAGCAGGAGGAGGAGGAGAGCCAGGAGAAGGAAGAGCGAGGUGCCGGCGAGAAGAUCGUGCACCCACCCGCGCCCGUACUAGAAUUUGACUAUCUCAUCUGUGGAGACUGUGGCAAAGAAUUCAUGGACUCCUACCUUAUGCAGCACUUUGAUUGGGCAACAUGUGAUAAUUGCAGAGAUGUUGAAGAUAAACAUAAGCUUAUAACAAGGACAGAAGCAAAAGAAGAGUAUCUGCUUAAAGACUGUGACUUAGACAAGAGGGAACCAGUGCUGAAAUUCAUUGUGAAGAAAAACCCUCAUAAUUCACGAUGGGGUGAAAUGAAACUUUAUUUAAAACUACAGGUAAUCAAGCGUUCACUUGAAGUCUGGGGUAGCGAAGAAGCAUUGCAAGAGGCAAAGGAGCUCCGCCGUGACAGUAGAGAGAAGAUGAAACAGAAGAAGUUUGACAAGAAAGUUAAAGAACUCCGCCGCGCUGUGAGGAGUAGUCUGUGGAAGAAACAAGCUAGUAUCCACGAACAUGAAUAUGGACCAGAAGAAAACAUUGAUGAAGAUACAUAUAAAAAGACGUGCACUGUAUGUGGCCAUGAAUUAACUUACGAGAAGAUGUAAUGUUAACCUAUUUUUUAAAUUUUACUUUGUUUUUAAUGGUAUUUUGUAUUAAAGUCAAAUAAAUGCUGAUUAUGAACAA